ACAGAAAAGCUGAUUCUUUGUUUAACCAUACUAUACAGUAUAAAUAUCUAUUGUUCUCUUGUUCUAAUGUUGUUGAAUCCAGUUUAUGAUGAUAGUAUACUAGUUGAAAAUAGUAAGAUUAUCUUUAACAUUGUUGAGGAGAAGACAGACAGUGUAUUGUAA